UAAAUCCCCAUCCCUCCGCAAGCCCAUGCACAAGCACGCCUCUUUUCGCUUUAGAGAACGCAAGCCAUCGUCCUCCCCAAAAAGCUGUUCGGAAAAAAAACCAUGCAAGUCCUGCUCGAGAAGCCGUCCCAGAGGCCGCGCCUCCAGCAGAGAUCCGUCUCGUUCGCCGGGGAUAACCGGGGCAGCCGCAGCCGCAGGUGCUCCUUGCCGGCGGCGUCCCCGCGGCGCCGGCCGGCCUGCACGUGCUCGAGGAAUCCAGGGUCGGUCCAGUGCGGCCGCCACGGGUACGUCGUGCCCGACGAGAGGGCGGUGACGAGGAACCAGGCGAACAAGGAGAUUCUGCGGAGGGCCUUGACGCCGCCGGCUCGCCGGUUCAGCCUCCGGAGGUGGAGUUUCAGGCCGACGCCGAGCAGGCUCUCCGCCAUGUCGACGGCUUAGAGUUGCUUAGACUAGAGCGUUUCUCCCGUUUCGUUGUUUUCACAUGUUCUGCUCCGAGGAGGUAGAUCGACGGACGGAGUUCAAUGUAAAUUGCAUCAAUUUUGAUCUCUUUAUUACUUUCUUUUCUAAUGUCUUGGUCCGGAUCGGAUGGCUGCUUUCGGAAUUGGUCUUUCUUUAGGAGAAAUCAGCGCAAGCAAG